CGCCAGGGAGAAGGGGGGAACGAGAAGGCAGGAGAAGAGGUCCAGGGGAGGCGGCAUAGGCGGAGACGGCGACCAAGGCAGAGGUGGAGACGUUCCACUUGCCCCGAUUCCCGCCCUAGGGAGCCAUGGAGCUCUAUCUGAGCGCCUGCUCCAAGGCGGCCGAUGCCGCUGCCAAUAAGACGGCCGCCAGCCACAUGGUGGCGGAAACUGAGCAGUGCGGCGAGGGCACCCACAAAAUGCAGUUUCCAGGAGUAGGGGCUGCUCAACUGCUGGACCUGCCUCUUGGCGUCAAGCUGCCUUUGAUCCCAGGAAGUAAUACUUUAUUCUACACCACAAAUUUAAGUGAGAAGGUAAGAAAGACCAGAAUUCGAGUCCUACUGCAGAUACUUACUAGCUUCAGGACCCUGGACCAGUUACUCUCUGAACCUGAGUUUGCUAAUUUGUGAAAUGGAGAUAGUAAUAGCUUCUCCUGUUCAGGGUUGUUGUGGGAUUCAAAUGAG